GGGAAGCGCUCUACCCAGCCCCGCCGAGUGACUCUCGUAUCCAAGGACGAAGGUAGCAACGCGUCCAAACGCCACUGCGCCCACGGACCGAACGCACACACAGGCACUCAGACUCCCACAACCUGCCCGACCCUUCUUCACCGCCCCCCCACCCCCAUCCUCCCCCCCUGAUGACUGAGCGGAUCAUGACGGCAGCUCGAGCGGGCUACACGCGACGCUUGACUCGUUUAGCUUGAAGGCUUCCAAAAAAACAAAAAAAGAAAGAAGAAGCUUCUCCUGUUCCAUCGGCGUCUUUGCACCUAAACCAGCUGACUUUUGUGUAUGUUUUUUGGCUGCGGAGCAGACGGGAGAGGAGGUGGUGACAGGUGCUGCGUGCCCAGGUGGACUUGCAGGUGUGGAGGAGAGCUGAGGAUCAUGGGUAAAUCAAACAGCAAGCUUAAACCAGAGGUGGUGGAGGAGUUGACAAGGAAAACCUACUUUACAGAGAAAGAGGUGCAGCAGUGGUACAAAGGCUUCAUCAAAGAUUGCCCCAGUGGGCAGCUGGAUGCUGUGGGCUUCCAGAAGAUUUACAAGCAGUUUUUUCCAUUUGGAGAUCCUACAAAGUUCGCCUCCUUUGUCUUCAAUGUCUUUGAUGAAAAUAAGGAUGGACGCAUCGAGUUCUCUGAGUUCAUCCAGGCCUUGUCAGUGACUUCCCGAGGGACCCUUGAUGAAAAGCUGAGAUGGGCUUUUAAACUAUAUGACCUUGAUAAUGAUGGCUACAUCACCCGAGAUGAGAUGCUGAACAUUGUUGAUGCCAUAUAUCAGAUGGUGGGAAACAGUGUGGAGCUGCCGGAAGAAGAAAACACACCAGAGAAGCGAGUGGACCGUAUAUUUGCAAUGAUGGACAAGAACGCAGAUGGGAAGCUGACUCUGCAGGAGUUUCAGGAGGGUUCAAAGGCAGACCCUUCUAUUGUUCAGGCAUUGUCUCUCUAUGAUGGACUUGUGUAGCAAUGUAAGAUGGAUUCAUCUCACGCGCCAAUCCAACGCCAUCGCACCUGCCAGGGGAGGAAGCCACGCUCAAUGCGCUUCACCCGGAUUUUGGACCGCAAACUUUUCGUUGCACGGCCCUUUGGGCAUUCGAGUCAAGUAGCUGUUGAUCUACGUUUUCAGUGCGGAUUAUGAACAAAUGUGUCGUCCGACGUGACGGAGAAGUCAAACAUGUUAGCAUGUCAUUUAUCCGCGCUUCACUGUGCGUCGCCUACACCUCGUGUGUUGUGGACUGUGUGCGAGGGUUCAGGCGAAAGCGCAGUGUAAGGAGCUGAAUCCCCCCUGAGAUGUUAAGUGUUUGCGUCUUGUUCACAUACUGUAAACCAGAGGGUGGGGCGGGGUGCACAUGAACCGCUCAGAGGAACUGGGCUGCUGCCUCGACCCCCCCCCCCCCAGAUAGAGAGACUCUAAAAAUGUGAGAAUUGGUGAAAAUGUGAACGCUGACUUAAAGUUACAAAGCAGUAUGUACAUUGUAUAAUGUAAAUAGAAUGCUAAUUUAUUUUCUGCUUUGCUGCGUUUAUGGGAAUUUCCUCAUAAGAAUGGAGUUUAAUUUUUUAAUCAAAAAGGUGUUGAAAUGUAUUAUUGCACUGUAUUUUUCCUUAUUGUUGGAAUGUUCUCGCACACUGGAGGUUUCCUUUGCCUGAGAGAACAGGUCUUUAUUUGAAGAAGAGUGUUGAAGGAGCGCGGAGGUUUUCUGUGGGUCAUUUUACUAUGUUUGCGGUCUCUGCAUGCCAUUGUGUUUUCCCUUCCUCGUUAGCACCAGCGUCUGGUGUCUGCCGCCUUGCACAGGCGCAUCCCCAACGACAUGACCGAGCAGCGCAGCGAGAACCCACAGCUCGCAUCCAAACCGACGGCCAUUAAUUCUUUUGAGAGCAUCGAACUCCACCCUCGGUCAGCACACACCAGACAACUGGUCGCUGACGGGCACAAACAGACAAACAUUCUGGUUGUAAAGCUUCUUCGCGAGCUCUGUGGUUUUUAUUUGUCCUGAGCAUGUAAUAAUGCCCUUUUUUCUGUCUUUAUUUUUUGUUUCAGCAUUAAGAUGUUUUAUCAGCUUCACUAGUUUUUCGCCUUAUGCAAAUGAUAAUUUACUGAAUGAUUAAUGUCAUUAACCUGUUGAUUAACAGUAUAAGAGCACAGAAUAAAAUGCAUUUAAGUGGCACACUUUUUCCAUUA